AUGUCUUUUGAUUUCGACUCUUACUUCAAGAAACUCGAUCCCCUUAACUCCUGGACGAUCAAACGACUUACGGGUGGACUUGUCAACCUCACAGUCCGCGCCAUGAAGGAUAAAUAUGCGGGUGGGGAGAAUGAGGCAGCUGGCCAGCCUAGUUCAUUUGAGGGCCAUCAGAGUUUGAUACUGAAGUAUGCUCCGCCCUUCGUAGCUAGCGUAGGUGAAGCUGCUCCAUUCGACCAGAUCCGACAGAAUGUUGAAAAGAACGCACUUGCGCUAUUUUCUGCGCCGGAUGGCCCGCUUCUAUCUAUGUUGACAGAAACAUCCGUACGAGUUCCGAGCCUGGUAUUUCAUGACGAGGAAUCCCAUAUCCUGGUACUUGAAGACCUAGGCACUUUACCACCGCUAUCGGAUCUUCUCUCGAUCUCUUGGUUAUCCUCCCACUACCCGGGCUGGCCUUCAUUGUAUGGGUCCUGCUUUUUGGAAGAUUGCUCUCUGUGCCUGUCUACUGGAGAGAAAUUCGGUCAAUUCCUUGCUAUUCUUCAUGCUAAAGGAACGCUGAACUCGAUCAAGUCAUAUGGCUGUGACCCUAAUUUUGCCCGAUUCGAGAACAAUAGUAUGAGGGAGGUAGUGCGAGACGCUGCCGUGUCGACUGUGCGACGGUAUCUUGCUCAAUUUAACUGUGAAGAGGCAGAGAAAUUAAGCCACGUUAUUGAGGAAGACUUCGAGCGCCAGGAAGAGUGGGAUGGCGAAAGAUGUUUUAGCGUUGGCGAUCUAUGGCCAGGCGGUAUUCUUAUUGAGAACCUGUCAUUACAAACAUUCCGGGAUACACAUGGCUCAGAGCUACCUAAGUUGCCUAAGCUUGGAGUUAUUGACUUUGAGUUCUCAGGUCCUGGACGAGGUGUUAACGGUGAUAUGGCCCAGCUCCUUGCCCAUCUCCAUUUAUACUAUAUAGCAUGGGGUUAUUGUGGCGACCGAUUCAAAUCCUUCCAGGCCGGAGUUCUUUCAUUUAUCGAGGGACUCUGUUCUUCGUACGCAACGUACAGCCGAUCACUUGGGGCUCCAUGGCAGCUACACACUGCUGAUUCAUCUACUCCUGUGAGCCUACAAAAGCCUUUUCAGGCGUCCUUACCGCCAUCUGCAUCCUCUCACGCCGCUCAAAUAUUCCGCUCGUCCCUCCUCUUGCACGGACGAGAGAUGGUAAACAAUGCGGUUGAGAACGACUGGAGCAAAUAUAGCACAGACACGCGUAGCGGCGUUACUACCACGACGGAUAAAACUGCCAACGAUAACAGCAGCGGACUGACUGAGAGAAUGGUCAACACCGGAAUCCGUUGUCUUCGGUUGGCUGGGAAUAACAUUGAGAGUUUUGUCGAAGCUGAUAAUUGGGAGCAAGUCUGUUCCAGCAGUGAAUCUUCGAUAAUUGCAAGGCUCUUCGUCGUUGUUGGUAGCCCUCUAGCCUGA